CUAUUUCAUUUAUUCAUUAAGUUUUUUUUCAUUUUAAUAUAAAAAUAACGGUCAUAUUAAAAUGUGGAAUCGCUUGAAUUUUACUCAAAAAUAAGCACAAUACGAAAAGAGGAAGAAGAGAAACGUCAUUCUCCAUACAGAAUGUAUGGAAUACCCGGGUAUGCUGGUUGCCAACUUACGUGGUAAAGUUAAAAAAAAUUCAAAAUAAAAUACUUACAGACUGUUAAAAAUUACAAUUUAUGCACCAAAAAAUCAGAAAUUAAAAGUUGGGAGGCUACGGUAAAUUUCAGGUCAAUAAAAGCAAUGAAUCAAAAGUUAUUUCAGUUUAAAGUUUUAAAAAAUACCCGGGUAUCCGGUUGCCAACUUAAAGGUUAACACAGUCCGGAGCUCGCAUCAACCGCUAAUUCAAAUCCAUCGAGCACCCUAAUUCGAACACACGAUCGCACGACAACACCCAGACUUCUAAUGACAGAAGAAAAGACGUCUUUCGGCGGUCUAUCGGGUAACCAAAAGACCGCCGAAAGACGACUUAAUAACACCAUUUUAGACCGGUAUGGAACCCACGUGCGAUGUUUUUUUUGGUUCUAUGUAAAACGAUGAUAUUGAAAGUAAACAGUGUUGCCAAACAAUUAAAAAAAUACCGCUGUUUCUGUUCUUGAAGGCCUGUUCUCGCUCGGCUGUUCUUGAUCGGCAACGCUGUUUUUCGAUCUGUUUCUUUGCGCUUUUUUCUUUGACGUCAUCGCAAGACGCUAUACACUGUGUGCGCCAUUUGCAUUAGAUAUUUCUAGAUUGCUGGUUGCUGCGAGAUAUUAUAGGAUUAUCAGACUGCUUGUAGAUUGGUUUCGAACCUGCCAUUUUUCGUGAAGUUGUUCAUUUCUCCGGCGUUGGUGUUACCGUAGCAAUAGACGAUGCCCAAUCUCAGAUUGCGCAUAUAUUUAUCUGUCAAACGGGUCGAUUUGAUAUAUUUAUCUGUCAAAAAAUGUUUAAAUAUCUCGGACAUACAAUCUUGAAAAUUUAUGCGCAAUCUUGGAAAAUUUAUGCGCAAUGCGCAAACAGUGGUUAACAAAUCCUAUCGGAUAUUUUAGUUAAACUGGAAAAUAUACAGGAGGAGCAAAAACGACAAUCAGAAAUGAUGAACAACAAAUUUGCUGCUAUGGAUCGACAAAUUAAGUUAAUACGAUCAGAAUUCAACAUCGUGACUGAUAAGCUGAUUCCACGAUCUGGAUUUGUACAUACAACACUUGCAUAAAAUGAAAACGAUGAAAAUUCUGAUCCUUUCCAAUGACGCAAAUCUUGAAAUGAGCGGAAUUUUCGAUGAAUCUCUGCUGGCAAUGGUAUGUUCAUCAACAUUCCAGAUAAUUGUGCAAGUGUACAAGGAGAAAGUCUUUUUUUAAAUCCAAAUUUACCUUCAAUCAAGCCUAUCAAAAGUCGUUUUGUUACGCCUGUUCGAGCAGCUGCGCGAAUCGUGAAGAUUUGAACUGCGGAUCGGAUCACAUCCGUGCCCGUUCAUGUACACAUCUCUAUCGAUCUUCAAUUAAUAAAUAGAGGGCGAAAAGGCUUUUUCUCUCUCUUCAUCACCAGCAAUUUCUUACAACGGCUUCGGUAAUUAUUAGCAGCAAAAACCAAAGAAAGAAAAGGAAACUUUAUCCGAAAAUUAUUCGCGACGAAACAACGCCUAAGUCAAUUAAAUACUGAUCACUAACAAUUUCAAAGUUCAAAGUUAUUUAAUAACAGUAAUGGCGAAUCAAUUUUAUGAUGAUCGCCGUACAUUUGUUUCCGAAAGGCUUCAUCCGUUCGUGCUGUUGCGUUGCAAUCGAGGAAUGUAACCUUUCCUUGCAGUUUGAUCCCCUCGGUGGUGCAUUUUAGACAGCCUGCGAACGAAUCAAAGUUGGCAAGUCCUGUAAAUUAUAUUUUUUUAAUUAAUAUUUAAUGAUAAAUGUUUUAAACAGUAUUUUGUUUUUUUUACCUUUGAUAAAGGCUCGAGCUGGUGAAUGGGCAAUUAUAGCACGUAUUUUAAAGUUCACCCUCCUAUCGUCGACUUCUACUCCAUUUUUCAUUAAAAGAUUUAAGUCUUCGACAAACGGUUUAAGAAAAUGCUCAAUACUAGCGGGUUUUGUAGUUGCACAAUAAAUUGAAACAACCAUAACUGGAAUUUUUGGUUUGUCAUGGACUUGAAUUAAUAUAGGCCAGAACUGUAGGUUAUUACUUUUGAAUAAGGGUAAACCAUCUAUAUCGCACCGAACCCAGAGGAGUGUGUAACAGGCUACCGGUCGAGCAGGGCUCCCGGUAGGGCUCACGGUGCGGCUCGUGCGCGCGGCCCUAUACUGCAUUGUAUUGUGUUUUGUAUUAUUUAAUACGAGUAAUAAAUGUUCAAAAUAGUUCAAACAUAAAAACUAUUUUUAGAAUGCAUGAGACGUUUACCGUCUGCUAAACGAAGCCUGUUUAGAUUCCUCCUAGGUUAAGAGACUUAUGCCGUGUAGAACCCUUGUCUUGUCAUUGUACACUGCGUUCGUUAUUUAAGUUUUAGUUUUAAUUCAGUGAUAAGGCCGCUUGUUUGGCCAAUCACUUAAUACAAUAAACAACAACAACAACAACAACCCGUUUGGUGGUUGUUUAGAUGAUUUGAAGCACUUGGGAUUCGGGUAACCUACGAUAACAUUUACGUGGAUACGCGGAUUCGGAGAUACACGGUUUUCUAAAUUUUACAGAUUACAUGUCAAAUCGGUACAAUUUGCUUCGGUAAAAAGUUGGGUAAAAACUGCAUUUUUGCUAACAAAUUGAAACCGCUUAUAAGCCAGAAAUGGGGCCCUUUCCGCUGUAAGUUCGUAGGUUGAAAUUUCAACCUGUCAGCUGUUUGCAUUGUCCCCGUGGACAAUUCGAGCAGUUUUUCUCCGGUUCCUCAACCCGCUCUGCCCCACUUCGCCCAUGUAUCUUGAAUUGCUUGCAAGAUUUCAUAUUACCAUCUCUUUUUAACACACGGAUGAGUUUUUCUGCUUGGGUACCAACAACGAUUUUCAAUCCAUAUCAUGAGGUAUAAACACAGCUACCAUGUAUAUACACAGUGGCCUACAAAUGUAUGCAUGUAUUGGUUGACAUUGCAAGUGCGUCGGCGAAGGACAGACAAGUGUAAAGGAGCCGGUGUUUGAAAAACAAAGCAGAAGUGUAUUAAUCUAUAUUUUGUGCAGUUUUAGAUCCAGAUUAUUUACGAGAGUACCAUCAGCAAUGGCUUCAAGAUCAUCCCAAUAUCGGAAGCGUCGUCGCUUUAUGGAAGAAGUUGAGAGAGAAAUAGACAAUGAGAUCAAUAAUAUGGAGACUUCCUCACCUGUCAUGGUGCCGGCAUCGACGAGCAGGAUGUUCAACGAAUUGCAUAGUACUGAUAGCAACUUAGGUGGGAAUGUAGAGUGUAGCUUUAGCAUAGAUGUAGAUACUAACAAUACUAACAAUGACAGCGCUGCAACUGUUGACGAAAAUAAUUUGGAUGAUAUAGAAGAUGAACAGGAAGAAUGUGCUGAAGAUUUGUAUGAUGCUUAUAACUAUUUGAAUGAUUUUCAAAGUUUAAAAGAAGCUUUGAGAUAUUUGGCAAUAAUGGGUCAUCUUUCUCGCAACUUUCUUAACUUGCUUCUUGCAAUUUUAAGAAAAUUUGGUCAUCCUGAACUUCCUAAAGAUGGUCGUACUUUACUAAAAAUUCCUAAAGUUAGCCAAGAGAUUCAGCAUAUAGCAGGUGGACAAAUGUGGUACUCAGGGAUAGAAGUUGGCCUUCGAAAUUAUUUUAGGAAUCAUGUUCCAGAGGAAAAUAAGUUUUCGUUACAUAUUUUUAUUGAUGGCCUUCCUCUCUUCAAAAGUAGUGCUACACAAUUUUGGCCAAUUCUUUUUAAAGUAAAAGAAAUUCCCGAUUGCCCGGUAAUGAUCGCAGGUGUAUUUUGUGGUCAGAAAAAACCUACCGACUUAGAGCCUUAUUUGCGACAGCUCGUAGAUGAAUUAAACAAUUUGCAAGUAAUAGGCAUGCUGUUUGGAGAGAAAGUUGUAAAAAUUUUUGCCAAGGCUUUUGUCACCGAUACCCCUGCGCGGUCCUUUAUAAAAUCGGUAAUGUACUUUCCGGGAAAACACGGGUGCACGAAGUGUACUGUCGUUGGAGAGUUUGUAAAACCGGAGCGCAAAGUAAUAUUUUGUUCACCACAACCUGCUCCACCACGUACAGAUGAAAGUUUUCGACAAAGACACGAUACAGAGCAUCAUAAACAAAUUCGAUCUCCUUUAGAAGAGAUUGGUGGAUUAGAUAUGAUCAAAAGUUUUCCCACUUCUGAUCGACUUCAUCUUAUCGAUAUUGGCAACACUCGUAAAAUUUUGUACGGUCUUUUUCAUCAUAAAUUUAUAAGUUUUGUAAUAUGGUCUAGUGAACACAAGAAAAAUGCCUCUCACUUUUUGAUGAAAACGAAACUGCCUUCUGAAAUACAUCGACCAUUUCGAUCUCUUGACACUCUUCAGUAUUGGAAAGCAACUGAAUUUAGGUCUUUCCUACACUAUAUUAGCCCUGUUAUAUAUAAACAUUUUAUGCACAGUGACGGCUUUAACCAUUAUUUGCUCUACUUUUGUGGCAUAACUAUUUUCUCAUCGUCAGUAUAUAAAAAUUUAAACCCGCUUGCAAAAAGAAUGCUUCAACAAUUUGUUGUUGAUUUCCCACUGUACUAUGGUCGCACCCAUAUGAGCAGCAAUGUGCACAAUCUUCUCCACGUAUUUGAUGACGUUGAAGAACUUGGUCCAUUGGACGAUUGGUCUUCUUAUGAUUAUGAAAACUUUUUACAGUUUAUUAAACGAGAUGUUAAGACAGGUUCAAAAUGUGUGGAACAAGUAGCGGGCAGAUUCAAGUUAUAUGCCUCAAUUAAUGUACAUCAUGGUCCCAAAGAAAAGAAAUAUCCCUGUUUGACUAUAGAUACAGUCUAGUGAACUGAACAUUCAUAAACUAAAUUCUUAUUCACCAUCUACUAUGGUGACUCUUGACCUUAAGUCUAUUACAUGUAUGUUAGUUGCCGUUAAUUUACCCCCUCGUCCUCUUGUGUACUUUGAUGUUGAUGAAUUUCAAGAUUCUAUGCCUCCAUCUGUAUUAUUUUUUCCAUUAUUACACACUUUUCUUCCAAACUAACCAUAUUUUUUAUCUUAAAAUCAUGAUUGUGACUUGUUUUGUCUUAGUGUAAAUUAUAAUGUUAUUGAUUUUUUCAAAGGUUUACGGGUUUAUUUCAAAACUUUUGGUGGAGGGUAUAUCAUAGUAUGUAUAAUAUUAUGUUUUAUAUGUAUAUGUAUUAUGUAGUGGGUUUAGGUUGACAAUGUAUUACAUCACAUUUUGAAAGAGGGUAUAUCAUAAUAAAAGUAUACACUAGUUUUCAUUACAGAGUUAGCAGGGAAAGAAAUUUGUUUAAUCUACAGGAAACUUCAUUGUAGUUUUUUUUAAUGAACAGAUCAGCACGAAUUGUCGCAUGUACAUGCAUUUAAUAAUAAUUGUAACUGUUAGUGAAAAAACCCAAGAGAUUCAUUUCAUGUUUGUUUAUACUUUUUUAUGUAAACACAAUUAUUUUUAGUAAUUUGGACUUAUUACUACGUUUAACGACAAUGCCAAUCUUUAAAACAAAUUAUCCAAUCAACCUGUGUGUGAGUAUUAGAACAGUUGAUUGAUCGUAUGGUAUCUUUUGAUCAUUCCGUACAAACACUAAUCUCCAACAUCUAUUUUUUUUUUCUAAUACUGCUCAACGUGUUUCGCAUCCCAUACGAGGAUACAUCGAGGAAAAGCUAUCCCCUUACAUGACACGACACGACGUGACUGCGCUUAAUAUGGCAUUUCUUCCAGUCUCAACAGUUCCGCUUGUUUUUUAGAUAAGAACUCUUUGGAACAUUGCUCAUAGAAAGGAUUAAUUUCGUAAUUCUGUAUAAUGCAUUUACACAACUCUAAUAACUUCUCCUCCAGAGCAUUCAUCUCCUCAAUUGUCUCUACAGUGCAAAAGGUUGGCGAAGGGGUUUUAUCCGUGGGGCUCAAACAGGUGUUUUGAUUCGCCAACAGUUGUUGCAUCAUCCCGGUCAGAACAUCGAGCUUGUUGUUCAUCACAUCGUUCUGGACCUUUAGCUGAGCUACCAUUCGGCGUAACAUCAUGCAUUCUUUUGCCAAAUCAGUUGGUACUGGCACGUUGUUGUUUUUGUCCUCCAUCUAAAAAAGUUCGUUUUAUAUAGUUUCAUAGAGUAUUUAAACGUUUCCUAUGAGUAUUGUUUUACCUUGUGUAUGCAAAUCUAUAUCGACCAGUUAAGCUUUUUUUGUCAAACAAUGAGAAGCUCUACACGAAGUGAAACUAGUGAACAAUACAAUCUCUUAAAUUCUUUGAAUUCAAACGUGACAUUUCAUUUGGCGCCGAAAGAAAAUUGAUAUCACAACUACAUACAUAAAUACCCUCGUACCUCACCAAUACAUUUAUAUCAAGGUCGGCGCGUGUACACACUCGCAAAAGCCUGUUCUCAUAUCCCCUAACUUUACCCUCAGUCCGAACAAAAACGUCCUCAGUUUUUCAUAUCCCAGGGUUCGGUGACACAAAAUUAGGGAGUUGUAUGCAAUUUCGAGCACUUGUUUGUCGAGUGGGGUAUAGCAGUUUUCGAGCAGCUAUCUAAGAGAGUAUAAUAUGCAGGUGGGCUUAUCCUAAGGUGUAUGAAUUUAGAAGGCUGAUUUAUAUCGCUUCUGCUUCUGAAUGAAGAUUUUAAGAGUGUUUUGAGUAUUCGUCAAGCUUCCAGAAAGCUUGUUUGAACAAAAAAUUUCACCCAUCCUGUCAAAAAGUGAUAUUCCUAUAUGGUUAUAAAAACAUGCUAUGAGACCACCUGGACUACAUACACUUUGAUUGAAUGGGAUGGCACCUUACCGGGCAAACAAUGCGAGGGUUGGUGAGGUACCUCUCGCUCUAAUUUCUCUAGUCUAGUCUAGUUGCCUCGCUUCCUCCUAUAGCGAUUCUGUCGAGCUGAGCUUUCACGUCCCUCACCACCGAUCUCCUUCCUACCCCUCGCCUAAGAUCGUCUGACUCCUCGCCUGACACCUUUCGUUGUGUUGGUGCUAUGCGGCUGCUGUCACUGUAGAAGUCAAGUUGUGUGUGUAAAAAAACGUAAAUAGUGUUGUUGGCUGAUCAAUUUUGGUAAGUUUUUUAAUAAUUAAGUUCUUAAUUUUACAUAAGUAAGUGCCAUUUUAGCUAAAGUAAGUGGUAGAAGUCCUGCUCAAUGCGUGCUGGCUCCGUCGGAAGCGGUACGCAUAUGUACCGGCGUCGGAAAGUGGUGUGAUGAACAACACAGCAUAAGACAACGGGUAAGUGUUAUCCAGCGAUUAUCAUGAUAAAGAAACAUUAUUUUAAUAUAAUAUGGCCUCUUUUAACUUGCAGAUAUAAUGCAGAAACGAUAUGGGCCUGCGGCAGGUGUUUGCGACUGUGCGCUGUGUAUGAUUGUGUAUGAUACGCCAAUUUUCCUCUAUCCUGGAACGUGGGCUUACGAGGAACCGUUCAAGAAGAUCCUCCGGAAGCUGUACGGCGACGUGUCGGGCUCUACCAGCACAACACGCUAGAGGCCCAGCCGGCACCGGGUGCCCCGAUUGCGCCGCCAGACGGUGUCGAGCACGCUCGUUAACAACGUUCGGGGCAGGAAUUCAACCCUUCGGAUCAUUAUCCUCUGCCUCACAAUAGCUGCAGCAGCAACCGGACCGAACCGACCGCACUACUGAUUGUGGUCAAAUACUGAUUGCGGUCCUGGCAGGAGAAAAAAACCCCACGAGUGUAUCGAACAGGCUACUGACGGACCCCGUAUAGGCCAUUCAUUCCCAACGGCCUAAGAUGUUGUUAGUGUUCAGUGGUGUGCGCGACCGUCAAAGUGUUACCAUUAAAUAUUUGAAUUAACAAGAUAACACUGUUAUGGUGAUGUCGUGUAGAUGUGCGCAAGUGGGUUAACAUUAGACUUAGGUACGCUUUAAGGCAUAAAUCGAUAUGCAUAAUUUUAAGUUAAGUGUUUUGACAUGCCCGUGUGUGUCAAGCGGCGGAAUAAGCGCUAAGCAAACUAAGCGGCCGCGUCGGGCCCCGUGGUCUUGAGGGGCCCCAAAAAAGGAACCCAUCCCCCGCUCGCAAGUUAAAAUGCUACUAAAUCCUUCUUUAGUUUAGAAUAUUUCCCUGCUAGACGCUUAAACCAAGCCAACAUUUGUGUGACUGCUUAGGGCCUCCACUCGUAUGUGCGGCUUUUACACAUCAUUUAAGAUAAAUAAAUCUAGAUUAUAUUCUCAUAAA